AAGACUUCAGCGUCCCAGGAAGUUGGUGGCGCGGGCAUGCGCUGUUGGGAAACAUGGCGGAAUUGGAAAUCGGGCGGCACUGCGAGGUGGAAGAGUGUAAACAGCUCGAUUUCCUCCCUUUUGUCUGUGAUGGCUGCUCAGGAGUUUUCUGUAUUCAACACAGAAGUCGGCCUGCUCAUAGUUGUUCUGAGGCAAAUCUAAAAAACAAAAAUAUGAAAUUGGAUCAUCACAAAUCUUUUUUGUGCACGUAUAAAGGUUGUGAUGGAAGAGAACUUGUACCUGUUUUAUGUGCUUACUGUGAAAAACAAUUUUGCUUAAGGCACCGUCAUCAGUCAGACCAUGAGUGUGAGAAACUGGAAAUCCCUCAGGCUCGUAUGGCUGUCACUCAGCAGCUGAUUAAAGACAUUGUAGAUUCCAAAAAAGAAGCCACUGCCAUUAAAAAAUGCAGGGGAGCCCGGAAUCCUGAAACAGCUGCGAAAGUGGCCCUGAUGAAACUGAAAAUGCAUGCAUGCGGGGAGAAGUCUGUUCCACAGACAGAGAGAAUCUAUUUCCAAGUAUUUUUACCCAAAGAAAGCAGAGACAAAAGUAUACCCAUGUUCUUUUGUAGUAAAUGGAGCAUUGGCAAAGUGAUAGAUUCGGCAGCAUGCUUAGCAAGCCUUAAAAAUGACAACAACAAAACCGCAGCCAAGAAGUUAAGACUUUGCCACGCAGCAUCUGGAGAAGCCCUGCCUUUGGAUCACACAGUAGCAUCCUGGAUAAACUGUAACGAGUCUCCGCUGUAUAAUGGUGGAAAUGUAAUCUUGGAAUACCUUGAUAAUGAAGUUGAAUUUUUAGCAGAUGCAGAUUCUUAUCUAUAGUAACGAUGGAAACCAUUUCAUUUGUAAUUCAUCAGACUGAACACAAGAGAAGACUUUCUGUUUUG